CUGCCAGCAAGCCACAGUAUGGAAGCCAUCGCCAAGUUUGAUUUCAGUGCUUCUGGAGAGGAUGAACUGAGCUUCCAGGCUGGGGAUAUGCUGAAGGUUUUGAGCUCCCAGGAAGAGUGGUACAAGGCUGAGCUCAGAAGUCAAGAGGGAUACGUUCCCAAGAAUUUCAUUGAUUUUCAAGUUCCUCCCUGGUUCAAUGAGAGGAUAUCCCGCCACGAAGCAGAGAACAUCCUCAUGAGUAAAGGAGUUGGCUCCUUCGUUGUUCGAGCCAGUCAGAACUCUCAUGGUGACUUCUCCAUCUCUGUCAGGCAUGAAGAUGAUGUGCAACAUUUCAAAGUGAUGAGGGAUUCAAAGGGUAGCUAUUACUUGUGGACAGAGAAAUUCCAUUCACUAAACAAGCUGGUGGACUACUACAAGACAACUUCCAUCUCCAGGCAGAAGCAGAUCUUCCUGAAGGAUAACAGCCAAGAAGAGAAGGAGAGGCGUGGUGGAAGCCUGGAAUGGACGGGCCGGGAAGGAUUCUACCUGGGCGGAGCAGCUGGAGAGCAUUCUUCCAUGUCCAAGAGAUAUGUAGAGCAUCCUAUCCCCAUAUUGCAGCAGCAACAGGAUAGAUAUGGUGGGAGUCUGGACAGGAAAGAUGAGCUGCAUGGAAUAAGGGAUCACGGCCAGGGAAGUGCAUCAGCUAUGCAGAGAAGACACACAGACCCACCACACCAUCAGACACCGCGAACGCUGUGGGUGCGUGCCUUGUACGACUUCGACGCUAUGGAGCAUGACGAGCUGGGCUUCCGCAGCGGAGACAUAGUAGAGGUCCUGGACAGCUCCAACCCAUCGUGGUGGAAAGGACGUCUGCGUGGGGAACUGGGUCUCUUCCCUGCCAACUAUGUCACACCAGUGCUCCUGUGA